GGCAGUCGCAAUGGCUGAUGACAGCUUAAUUCCUGGGCUGCCUCCGCAACUCAUAUAUGAUCCCCCCCACCUCUGGUGAGGCUUGGCGUUUGUGUCAGCUGACAGGUGAUGAUCAGAAGCGGCAGAGGCGAGUGGGAAACCUCUCAGCGGGCUCGGAUUUCUGGGCUCUGUGAAAAGAUUUGUUGAGGCCGUUUCAGAUCUGAUGGAGGUUCCCAUGUCCGUCACCGAGGCCAUGCUUGGAUAAUGGCCGCCGUUAUCUAUCAUAUCUGUUUGCACACAACAAAAUGCAGAAGAGGCUGACGAUCGCCAUCAAGAGUGCCCCCUCCCCGGUGGGGUUGCUUUGAAGGCAUGAGGAAAUGCUUAAACAGGUGUAGAAAAGAGGGCUGUGGGGGUGAAAUGAGGCGCGACACGACUUAAAAAGGCCUUGGAAAAUGAGGGCGGGGGGGCUGGCGGUCAUCAUGAGCGAAUGAAGGCAAGAGGGGAUCGGAGAACCCGGAGAUAGACAGUGGCAAUACUUUGAUCGAGGUCACAGAGGGCAGUCGCCUCCAGGCUCGGGAAAUACACGCCACUUUGGAGCGUCCGGCCCGGGAAAGGAACGACACGCCAUGGUGACCCUCUGAAGAUGAUCGCGGCCAAACGUCUCACGGGUGCCCAAAUGACGUCGUCGUGCCUCCUCAUCCUGCUCCUGAUGAGCGCCGUUGCCUCCGUAUCGGCGCAGUUUAACGGAUACAACUGUGACGCCAACCAUCACAGCAGGUUUCCUGGUGAAAGAGACAUCAGCGUGUACUGCGGCGUGCAAACCAUCACGGUAAAGAUCAACUUCUGCCCGGUAUUGUUCUCUGGCUACACCGACACGGACCUGGCCCUCAACAAUCACCAUGGCGAUGCCCAGUGCCGCGGCUUCAUCAACAACAACACCUUCCCCACGGUCGUGCUGUUCAGCAUCGGCCUCAGCACCUUGGAAGCGUGCGGAAACAGCCUGGAGGUCAGUACAGCCUUCGGGCCAAAUGCCUAUGGAAACGUGUCGCUUGUACAAAUCGGGAAUGUCUCCGGCUUUAUCGACACACCUGACCCGCCGACUAUUAUCAGCUACCUCCCUGGUCUGUUGUACAAAUUCAGCUGCAGCUACCCAUUGGAGUAUCUGGUCAAUAACUCACAGCUGGCAUCCUCGUCGGCAGCCAUUUCUGUUAAGGACAGCAACGGCACGUUUGUGAGCACGCUGAGUCUCAUGCUGUACAAUGAUUCAACAUACAACCAAAUGCUCUCCAUCCCCAUGGCCGGACUGGCUUUGAAAACCAGAGUGUUUGCUGCAGUCAAGGCCACAAACCUGGACAAACGUUGGAACAUCUUGAUGGACUACUGUUACACAACCCCCUCAGGGAAUCCUAAUGAUGAACUCCGCUACGACCUUUUCCUGGGCUGCUACAAAGACCCCCAGACCACCGUUUUCGAGAACGGGAAGAGUCAAAUGGGACGCUUUUCCUUUGAGGUCUUCCGCUUUGUGAAGCACCGGCACCAGAAGAUGUCCACAGUUUUCCUGCAUUGCGUCACCAAGCUGUGCAAGAGCGACGAUUGCAUCAUGCUCAUGCCGAUCUGCGGGCGAAGACGAAGGCGGGACGAAGGGGCUGGCCUCGUUUCGCCUCCGGCCGCUAGUGGGAAUGCGGUCAUUAGCGCUGGACCAAUCAUCACCAGGAGUGAUGAUGUUCCCAUCAACAACACUCAGCUUGCAGGCGACCCCCCCAAACUGUUAAAUCCGAUGACCACCGCGCUAAUCUCAGGCGUGGUGGUCCUGGGCGGGAUGAGCGUGGGCUUCGUGCUGCUGUCACUGCACCUCCUUCAGAAAUCACGUCUUCCCUCGUCAUCCUCGGCAGCUGCAGCCUCAGGAGCUUGGAACCCUACUUUUAAAUGAACCCAUUAAGUUAUCAACAUGUCAUAGUGAAUUCAUUUGCACACACGUGGCAAAAUGUGUGUUUCAGGUGUUGUGUACUGUUUCUUUUCUUUUCUUUUUUUUUUUUUAACAUCCACUGGAUUAUUAAAAUCUUAGAAAAUAAAAACAAAUUGAAAAAAAAUAGAACAUUAAGUUAGGUAGAACUUUUAAUAAUUUUGGCAGAUAUAGUAAGGACAUUUUUUAUGGGUGCCUCGAUGCUAUCACUGUUACUAUGAUGUUGAUGAUUGCAAUAAACCAUAAAGUAUAGAAGGAGAAUGAUUUAAUAUGAUAUGAUUUACUGUGUAUAAUUUUUUCAUAACAUUUUUUCAGGUCCUUCAUUCUGUUUUAAAUGUGGAAUACUUUGAAUAAAAAUCGUCUGUUCAUUCUAUGUGUGUGUAGGUUAAAACAACAUUUCAGUUGUAAUGUGUAAUAUAAUACUACUAUUCUUCAUUCUUACGGAAAUUUUGUAUUCAUUUAACAAUAGCUGCGUUUCAUUAGUUUGCAAUAUUUCAAAAAUUUCAGCAAAGUAUGAUUGCUACUUAUACAUUUUUUCUA